AUGACGCAGACGGAAAAGAUUGGUCAGGUCCAACGCACGUGCGCCAACAAGAAGGAGCGCAAGCGGACGCAGUCCAUCAACAACGCGUUCGCGGACCUGCGCGAUUGCAUCCCCAACGUGCCGGCCGACACGAAACUGUCCAAGAUCAAGACGCUGCGGCUGGCCACGUCGUACAUCGGCUACCUGAUGCGCGUGCUCGCCGCCGACGCCGACCCCGCCUCCGCCACCGCCGGCGCUGGGGCCUUCCUGCCGCCCGCCGCCGAUCUCUCCGGGGGCGGCGGCAAAAGCAGCAACAGCACAAUGCGGCAGUGUCAAAAUACCCAGACUAGUGAACAGGGCGACGAAGCGGAAGGCGUGGCGCCGCUGCGUCGGUCCAAAGGCCGCACGGGCUGGCCACAGCACGUCUGGGCGCUGGAGCUGAAGCAAGAGCAGCUGUGAAGUCGGGCCCGCUGUGCACAGCAACCACCACUGACAAGGGGACGCCGGGGCAACCGUUCUGCUGCUUGCAGCACAGCAGGAUCCACCGCCCAGUGUCGAGACAACCCCACUGUGCUACUCGUCUGUCAACACUCAUACCUCGUACCUUGGCAAGCAGUCAAGAACCAAAAAGCGGAAUCGCCGUUCACUACUUUGUUCUUGUUACAGCUCCGUGUGAAACAUUUCCCACGUCUCCAGGUCUGCUCCAAACAACAGACGUUUGUAGUCAGAGGACGGUUGCGAGCAUCCAGUUAACAACAGGUCCUCGGCACGAAAAGUGGAGCAAAUCAAAGAUAUUUUUUGCUGCUCCGACGCUGUCACGGAUACCAUCAAAACCUAGAUCACUGUAACAGGACUUCCGUCAAAUAAGAUAGUCGUGCCACAGAAGCGCACAGUACAAAAUAUUUAUCUGCGAGACAUGACUGCAGGUUUCACGAUCAAGUUUCAAUCCUAGAUUAAGAACGAUCACUCUGUCAGAAAAUUUAGGAGGUUUGCAGAGAUAGUAACCAGUAGUGACUGACAAUGAUAUGUGAUUCCAUGCUAUGUUGUGAUGCCUAAGAAUACAAAUUGGUGAGAUAGAUACUGUGUGUAACGUGGAAGUCCUACUGCACUGGACAGUAACCAAUGGACUUCCGACAGCUUUGAAGCCGUUUGAUGCAAAAUUUCAAAACUACAUGAUCUGAGAUCGCACGUUCAUGUUUAUGUUUGAAGUUUAGCAGCGUAUUUUGUUACUGUUUCUAUUUCACAGGCUGAAAUAUGUAUCAGUAAGGCGAACGAAUUCCUCAAUGUAAAUAUCAUUUUCAUUUUAUCUGCACCCAAGUCCUAACUGAAGUCUAGUCAGCGAAAGCAAAUGAAGAGUCACACUGAAUUCUGUCCAACUUUGUACUGUAGGAUUAUACGAGUCGAAAUAGAGUAACUAGUUUUAGUUUAAGCAAUUAGGACACUAAUGACUCAUUUUCUUGUUUAGAAUAGUUAUGUAAAUGGUUCAGGACAGUGUUGUUAUAUAAAAAGCAAGGAUUUUAUUUUAUUUGAUGAUGUAAUGUACACGCGGUGAAAAAUGGAAGUAUCAUUACGAAGGUUCUCAGAGUCUGCAUCGAGAGAUUUGACGCAGUGCUUGCACACUUUAGGGUAAGCAGUGAUUCCAGCCCGGUCUUUCAUAUUUAUGUUUCACUAAAUCGCUUAAUGCGAAUACCGGAACGCUUCUUACGAAAAGCCAAGGUCGAUUUCCUUCCACAUCUUACCCAAUCCGAGCUUGGGCUCCUUCUCUAACGGCUUUAUCGUCGACGGGAUGUUAAUCGUUGAUCUUCUUCUUUCCGGGUCCACAAGCGCUUAGCUAGUAUGUAACAUCAACAAAUAAAAUAACUCUGCUCCAAGUGCCUGAGCUGUUUGGACCUUAAAGCAAACAACACUAAACAUUUUUCCAUAGCCCAAGCGAAGGAAUUUCUUAAUUUUUCCAAAGCGUAUAUCAAAUUAAUUGUAUCUGGAUUUCCUACAAUGCUGUGUAGACUCUUAAACUUGACGUGAAUGUUUUGAUGUGUAAUGGCGCAUCCCAGAUAUUUAAAAUGUAUCAGUUGCUCCAAUUGUUUUUAAUUGAACACUUAUCUUACUGGUAGUAUGCUUUGAAAUGCCACAACUUUCCUUUUAUCUCCAGAGAAUUUUAGGUUGUAUUCGGAGGCUACCUGUUGCAACUUAUAGACAUCCACCUAAAAGUCUUUUUCAUUCUCUGCUAUGAGAGUUACGUCAUCUGCAUAUAGAACCACGUAUAGUUUCACCAUUGUCCGUUUCCUGAUCAUUCCAUCUACGUAUACAGCUGCCCCUACCUAUGGGUUUUAUGCAACAUGUAACACCUUCAAAAACCAAGCGCAAGAUUUCACAUUCUCUUGAUCACUACGUGCAAACUACUAGUCCUACAGGAAAAAUUAACAACAGUAUAUUUUUGUGGGGAGUUUAAUAUAGUUAAAUUUUGUGCUGGGAUACGUUUUCACUAGAUGCCGUUCUUCUCAGGCCAUUCAAGAAAAACGUUCUUCUUGAAUAACACGAAAGCCAUGGUCUCCAGCGAAAAAGUAUUCCACAACAAUAUUUAACUACAUUACAUUUCCUAUACAAAGAUCAUGAUCAUUUUCGCUGUAGGGCUAAUAGUUGGCUUUUAAUGAGCGAGAGAAUAUGAAAAUCUUGCGCUUUGUUUUUGAAGAUGUUGCAAGUUGUAUAAAACCCAAAAGUGGGGGAGGGGGGACCUGAAUCAUGCUGUAUACUGAAGCGUGCUGGGGAAACACAGCACCACUGUCUUACCCCUUUCCUUAUAAUCAUAGACUUUGUGAUGCUGUUUUCCAUAUCUAUAACAUUUUCGAUUUUUGUGUACAGACUCUUAAUAGCAUUUAUGGGAUGAGAUAGAUAGCCUUGUUCUGCCAUUACGUUCCACAGCAUUUAUCUGUUCACAUAACCAAAUGCCUUAACAGAAUCUAUAAAUGAACGAAGGGUUUCCUGUUUUGAAUUCUUGUCUCUACUCUAUAAAUUUCUUUAGUGUAAAACUUCUCUUUUUACCUAAUGAUAUCCUGUAAUGUCACCAUUUCUGUUAGGUAGGUCGGCAUAUCUUCCUUUUUCUACUUUUAAUUCUCCACACUUCAGCAGUUGCUCUGUAUUCCCAUUCUCCAGCUGUCACGAUCAUGGCAGUCUUCCUCUUCCAGACCUCGCUUCCCGAUCACUGCAGCUACUCCCGCUGUCCGUGUUCAUCUCGACCGUCCGUAUUUCCUGCUUCCUGGCAGCGACCAUCCUAGGUAUGCUUUUGGCCAUCGUCCUUAGUCCAUGCACCGUACAUAGUCAUACCAUUGAAGAUCCCUGUUCUCAGUUCUUUGCACGGCUGGUUCUUCGAUACCCAUUACCUCCCCAAUUUCCUCAUUUCUCCUCCGCUCUUUCAUGGAUAUCCUGGCUGCCCUCGUUAUUCCAUCCAUCUCUACUACCUGUACUCCGAUUCUCUAUCGCUCGCUCAGUGGCCAUCCUUCUGCAUCGUAUGUUAGAGUAUUGCUUGAAGAACCGUCUUUUUUGUCUCUUGACAUUGCUUGGCUCCACAGAGCGUGGCAAAUCUUCCUUCGAAAAUCUCCAACAUAUCACAGCUGCCCCGAUAUGUCAGAGGCCGAAGCCCGAAGUUACAAAACCGACACUUUAUGAGGACUGUGUGUUGACAGCCACUCGGCUAGUCCUGCUCCAUUUGGAUGUUUCUGACAGACAACGGAGCAGGCUACAAUCCUGGUACUCGCUUAUUCGGAGAGAGGUAGGAGCCGGGAAACAACCAUACUGAUGAUAGUUCACAGAGUUAAUGGUUGUCCCGAGGUGUUGCUACUGCAAAGGAAAUGCAGCCGCCGCCGGCUCGCAGAAAGCCGCCAGCGGGUCGCGUGCGGUGGCCGUGUUGUCUAUUCCUGUCGGCGCGCCUGCUGCGGCGAGGUGCGGUGCAGCGCGCGUGCGCAAACAAACACCGGCGCACACGCCCACGCCGGGGCUCAGGUGAGACUGGCCAGGCACCGUGCGCUGUUUACGCCGCCUUCCAUCCGCCCCCACUCCGCCGCCCUGCUGGCUGUCGUUUGUUUUUCGAUCGACGCACCGGUCUGUUCGGUGCUGCGCCGCUAUCCGAGAAGCCUUCGUGUUCUCUGCUCUACGGAGUGACAUUGUAACACUCGUUCCACUCAGCCAUGGGUUACGAUCGUGUACGCCUGACGUGCUGUUCGCUUCAGAAUAGCCAGGAGACAGUUGAUCCAGGAAAGAGGAAUAACUUUGUUCAACCGAUACACGUGCACUGGUUACACAGAUGUUGCACGUACGAGUAAUUUUUUACCACAAUUGGUACAGGAGUCAGCCACUAGUAGGAGUUGUGUACCCACCGUGCUGUAGUUUCUCUUAAUUAGACAGCCACUGAGCUAGUCAUUUGCGCAAUGGUAGCUCCGUUGUUCAGUCCAUAUUUGGGAUAUAAUUAAUAUUGAUUAUAUUUUUUGACCAGUUCUGGUUUUCUUCCUGCCAACCAACUUUACUUCCUCUUGAGGAACACUUUUUCCACGCCAAAAGCACCAACUUGCCAAAACAUUUUCCCGCUAAAAUUAUUCAAGUGUAACGUUUAAUUUUGCUGACAUUAGCAUUCUCCUAUCAUUGUUUCUCUAGGGCAGUAAGCUAUAUUUCUCAUACUUGCAACGAAAUUCUCCAUAUAAUGCUGUUACCGGAGACUGACCAAAGAUAAAAUGUUGCUUCCUUUCUUUACCAACCUGUACGUAACACGGAAGCAGUUACGGAAGUACUGGUAAGUUAUAACAGCACUGUCCAUCGCCAGUUAUCAAAAUUUGUCUUUAAUAA